GAAAUUGUUUUGAUUGCGGAAGUGUACUGCUGUAGGCGCAGCCCACUGAAGUAAGCGGGUCUGGGAUUGUAAUUUGGUCGUAUUUUGAUCUAGCUGUAUGUAGGAGCUUCCGUGUCAAUCGCGAUCAGUGUUCCAGGUUGGGCUGUCGUGAUGGCGGACCACACCGACGUCAGUCUGCAGCCGGAGGAGCGAGUCCGAGCUCUGACCAAGAAAGGAAGCACAGUGGAAGUUAAUGACGACGUGCCACCACGUCGCUACUUCCGCUCCGGGAUGGAGAUGAUCCGCAUGGCUAACGUCUACACAGAGGAGGGCAACAUCGAGCACGCCUUCGUCCUCUACAAUAAAUAUAUCACGCUCUUUAUAGAAAAACUUCCCAAGCAUCGGGAUUACAAGACCGCUAAUAUUCCCGAGAAGAAAGACACACUAAAGAAACUCAAGGAUGUGGCGUUUCCUCAAGCAGAGAUUCUAAAAAAAGCUCUUUUGAGGAGAUUUGAACAAGAAUAUGCACAGUAUCUUGUCAAAAAGAAAGAGGAGGAUGAAAUAUUGUUGCGGGAACAGUCCAAGCAACGAGCGCUGGACGCCGAGCGGGAGCGCGUGGCCGAGAUGCAGCGCCGGCAGCGGGAGCAGGAGCAGUUCAGUGCCUUCGAGGAGAUGAUCCGCCGCCAGGAGCUGGAGAAGGAACGCCAGCGUGUGCUCCUGGAGUUUGCCACGCCCACCGCACCUUCCCCCGACAUGCCCCUCAUUCCAGGCAUCCAGGGUCCCCCGACGGUCUCACCCUCUCCCCUGCCGAGUCCGGGUGACCUGUCCAUCGGCAACCACCAAUACAACCGCCCCCCGGUGACCAUCGGCACACCCGCCAGCGGUCCGCCCAGCUUCGACAGGUCUCUCAAACCCGGGACUCUGGUCAGCCCAGGGAACCACAAUACAAUGGUGGAUGCCCUUCGGCAGUUGGCUGUUCCCGCUGAGCUGUGCCGGAGCUUCCUAAGGCUGGCAGAGGCCAACACAAGCCGAGCUGUAGAAACUUGUGGCAUCCUGUGUGGCAAACUGACCAGAAACGCAUUCACCGUGACCCACGUCAUCGUACCGAAGCAGUGCGGGGGACCUGACUAUUGUGAUACAGAAAAUGAAGAGGAACUCUUUCUCAUACAGGACCAGUAUGAUCUCAUCACCCUGGGCUGGAUUCAUACUCAUCCCACACAGACGGCCUUCCUAUCCAGUGUCGACCUCCACACACACUGCUCCUACCAGAUGAUGCUGCCGGAGGCCAUCGCUAUCGUCUGCUCACCCAAGUUCAAUGAAAUCGGUUACUUCAGGUUGACAGAUCGAGGAACAGAUGAAAUCUCUACGUGUAAACAGAAGGGCUUUCACCCUCACAGCAAAGACCCUCCUCUAUUUACACACGCAGGACACGUCAACAUCACCGAUGACACUGUGUCCAUGAUGGAUUUGCGGUGAUUUUUUAAACUAUUUUUUCUUUACCAGAAAACUCAUAGACUGUUUUAUCAAACAGGAGACAUUUUAUCGGAGAAAACACUCAUCUUAUUUUCAGGACGGUACUGAGCGAACGCCGGCCAUCAGUUUACCAUUUAUAUGGACUUCAAUUGUUCUAAUUGUUCUCAAAGGGAACAAACGUUGUAAACUUUUUUUUUUUUUUUUGUUUUGCUCUGUAAAAAAAUUACACAUAUUGUUGCACUUUCCGAGCAAAUGACUAAUAUCGACCUAACGGACCGGCAAACCUCUGACUCUCCGACCCCUCUGUGUCUUCUGUUUUUGUCAUUUAAUUAAAAUGUAUGUUUGUCAGUGACAGAUAACUGAAAGGAACUUUUUGUUUCAUCAUUUUCAUCAUAGUUUGGUUCUGCCUGACAGAUUAAAGUGCCAAGGAUGAGAACAUUCACUUGUUGAGUUAUUCAUUGUGCGACAUGAAAUUCAGUUGUGACGUCUGUAGUUUGUAAUCGAGUCUUUCUUUGUUCUUUUUGACUUGUUGGUGUGUUUCCUUCAUAAGCUGUUGAAGUGCUGCGAGUGACGAGAGAAACGACAGCCAAUUGUAACUCAGGAAUGCAGCCGGUGUUGCUGUUUCUGCUCUGUAUUAUAUUUUUAUAAACAAAAAACCCCAUCACUCCACUGUGUCCUUUUUAUCUAUAAAGGGUUUAGUUUGACGUUUAAUUCCUGCUUAUUUUUUUUAUUUCUUAUUCUUUGUGUUUUUUUGGUGAGUUGGUGAUGGUGGUACCUGUAUAAUGUGUCCUUGCUACAUGUGUGCAACAGGCAGUCUGAAUGUACCUUCUGCUACACAUCACUACACGUUACUAACUGCCCAGCCAUGGUUCAUGCCUCUAACCCUUUUUUGUUUGCUGCCUUCUCUUGUUAGAAGAAGUAAAUGAUUAGCCAUAAUUAUAAGAAUACCUUCAAUGAAUUAAAUGCCAAGACAAAAUAAACUCGUUGUAGAUUAAUUUA